GCCGUCUGGCGCCGCUGCCGCCGCGGUCAGCACGUGCCGGAGCGCCGCGGCGGGCUCGUAUGGUCCGCACGAAGGCGGGGCUGGGGGCAAGCGCGCGUGCAGAAGGAAGACUAAAGUGGUUUUCCCAGUGACUGGAAGUGUGCCUUAAACUUAAAGCGCCUCAGCUUUUGCAGUGUGCGUUCUCAGUGCCUUUCGCCCACCCGCGCGGACAGGGUGCGCGCCGGUGUGCCGUUGGCCGUCGUGAAGUAUCUCCCGGAUGUGUCGUCGUCCGAAGCUGUACUGAGCCAGUGCGAGGCAAGCAUGCGGAACGGGACUGGUCGUCACAGAGCGACGCGUGGUUCACGGCCCCUUGUUUGAAUAAGCGCUGCGCCGCAGGGCCAUCACUGGUGUUCAGUGAACAUAAAUGGUGUUGGCUCUUCUCAACGUGCUAAACGCUAGAGCUAGCAAGUUCGUCCGGGCAUCGCAGUGAAGGCGACUGCCAGCGGUCGUCUCCGGCAGCAGCUUUAGACCGUGGAGACCCGGACGUGCGGGCCCCUGUCUCUCUGUCUCCGGUGUCGGCGGUAUCUCCGGAGCGGAGGUGCUCUAGUGAACCAUGCCCGUGCCGUGGACCCGGUGGCGCUCGAACGUGACGCAGGCGGCGCAGAAGGUGGCGCGUGACACGGAGGCGUGGCUGCGACCGGAGGGCGUGGCCAGGAGGGCGGAGCAGGAGCGGCGUGAGGCGGAGGAGGCGGAGGCCGCCAAGACAGUCAAGAUGAUGGAGCUGUCGCACAGCCUGCUGCUCAACGAGGCGGCGCUGAAACAGAUCCCCGAGGGCAAGCGAUCCGUGUUCGUGUUCGAAUGGCUCCGCUUCCUCGACAAGGUGCUGGUGGCCGCCCAGAAGACGGACAUCAAAGAGUGCCACAAGAAGCUGGUGGAGCAGCUGACGCAGCAGCUGAGCGAGGCGCCCGGCCCGCCCACGCGCAAACUCCUGGCCCGCUGCCUGGCCACGCUCUUCAGCAUCGGCGACACCUUCCUGCUCUUCGACACCGUCAACAAGUGCAACGACAUCCUGCGCAACAAGGACGACUCGCCCAGCUACCUGGCGACGAAACUCGCUGCGGUGAGCUGCAUCGGCGCCAUGUACUCCAAACUGGGCCGGAUGAUGGGACGCUCGUAUGAAGAGACGGUGCAGAUCCUCACCAAGUCCAUGAGGAGCGCCGAGUCGCUGAUGCGCUGUGAGGUGAUGCGGACGCUGGAGAGGCUGUGCGCCGGCAUGGACUCGGCCGCCGCCAGCGUGCACAAGGACAUCUACAAGGUGGCGCGCCACUGCAUGACCGACCGGGUGAUGGCCGUCCGCUGCGCCGCCGCCGCCUGUCUGCAGGAGAUGAUCGCGCACGCACCGUUCCUGUACACGGCCGAGCUGGAGAGCGUGGCCACGCUCUGCUUCCGGGCGUUCGACGGCUCCAGCUACGAGGUGCGCUGCGCCGUGGCCCGGCUGCUGGGCACGCUGGUGGCGCAGACGCAGCUGACACCGCCGCCGCCGCACCCCGCCAAGGACGUCAAAGGCUCUGGCCGGCCGUCGGCCCGGCUGACCUCGCUGGACGAGGCGCUCGCCAUCCUGAUGACGGGCUUCCUGCGCGGCGGCAGCGGCUUCCUCAAGGGCACCGGCGACAUGAUCAAGGGGGCGCCGGCCGUCAGCCGCGAGGUCCGCGUCGGCAUCACGCACUCGUACGUGGUGUUCGUGGACACGCUGGGCGGUCUGUGGCUGGAGCGCCACCUGCCGACGCUGAUCGGCCACAUCCUGGAGCUGGCCGCCAGUCCGCGGGCGGCGGUGACGCACGUGGACUCGGUGUACGUACGCAAGUGUGUGCUGUACAUCCUGCACUCGACGCUGGGCCGCAUGCUCGGCGAGAAGACGCAGUUCGCCGCCUGCAAAGAGCUGGUGUCAGUGGUUAACAAGCAGGUCAACAUAGACGCGACGGCCGAGGCGGCUCGGGAGUCGCCCGAGCACAACAGCCAUCAGGCGAUCGUGUGCGCGCUGCAGCAGCUGGGCAGCCUGGUGCAGGGACUGGGCACGGCCGCCAGCAACCUCAUCAGCGACAACGCCGUCAACCUGCUGGACGCCGUGGUCUCGGUGCUGAUCCACCCCAGCCAGGCGGCCCGGUUCGCCGCUGCCUGGUGCCUGCGCUGCAUCUGCAUCGCCGUCCCCUCCCAGCUGACGCCACUCAUCGACAGGUGCACGGAGCGUCUGGACAGCCUGCGCAACUCGCCGGAGGCCAUCUCGGGCUACACGGCGGCGCUGGGGGCGCUCCUGGGUGCCGUCCACCUGUCACCUCUCGGCGUGCCGCACUGCAAGGGCAAGGUGAUCUUCAACGUGGCGGAGGACCUGUUACGGAGCGCCUCGCAGAACUCUCGGCUCUCGCUGCCGCGCACACAGGCCGGCUGGCUGCUGAUCGGCGCUGUCAGCACGCUGGGACACCCCGUCGUCCGAGGCCUGCUACCCCGGAUGCUGCUGCUCUGGAGGAACGCCUUCCCGCGCAGCGCCAAGGAGCUCGACUCAGAGAAGGCGCGCGGCGACGCCUUCACCUGGCAGGUGACGCUGGAGGGCCGCGCUGGCGCCUUGGCGGCCAUGCACAGCUUACUGCAGCACUGUCCGGAGCUGGUGACCGAGGACCAGAUCCGUAGGCUGCUGGUGCCGCUGGAGGCGGCCAUCACCAUGCUCACCAGCCUGUCCACGGUCAUCAAGUCGUACGGGCAGCACCUGAAGGCGGCCAUGGCCAUGGUCCGCCUGCGUCUGUACGAGACGCUCUCGCUGCUGCCGGCCUCCGCUCUCGAGGGAACGCACACGCAGCUGCUGCGCCUGCUGGUGAGCGAGUUCACGCUCACCGACAACCCGGCCAACACGACCACCUCGCUGCUGCGCCUGUUGUGCCACGCCGACGAGUCGGUCAUUCUCGGCUCGUGGCUGGAGGACACCGACCAGAGGAGCGUCGAGGACCAGCUGCAGACGAACAGCGCGUCCGGCUCGGGGGCGCUGGAGCACGACCCCACCUGUCUGUACCGGGCCCGCGACCAGUCGCGCUCUGUGCCGGGCCCGCUGCCGCUUGGCGUCGCUGUGAUCGACCAGUCGGUGAUCCUUUUCGGCCUGGUGUUCCCACGAGUGGCCAACAAGCACCGGCUGCAGAUGCUGGAUCACUUCGCUGAGUGCAUCAAACAGGCCAAGGGGAUCCGGCAGGAGGCGAUCCAGACCAACAUCUUCUCGGCGGUGCUGAGCGGCCUGCGCGGCCUGGCCGAGGCCAAGGCCACCUUCGGAGACGACAACGUCAAGAACUCGGCCACCAACCUCAUCCUGAGCGCGCUGACCAACUCGAACCCGACGCUUCGGUGCGCGGCCGGCGAGGCGCUGGGCCGGAUGGCGCAGGUGGUCGGCGACCCGCGCUAUAUCGCCGAGAUGGCGCAGAAGAGCUUCGACCGGCUCAAGUCGGCCCGUGACGUCAUCAGCCGCACAGGUCACUCGCUGGCGCUGGGCUGUCUGCAUCGGUAUGUGGGCAGCAUGGGCAGCAGCCAGCACCUCAACACCAGCGUCAGCAUCCUGCUGGCGCUGGGGCAGGACAUGGCCUCGCCGGUGGUCCAGGUGUGGGCGCUGCACGCGCUGGCGCUGAUCGCCGAGUCGGGCGGGCCCAUGUUCCGCGCGUACGUGGAGCCGACGCUGGCGCUGGCGCUGCGCCUGCUGUUGGAGGUGCCGGCCGCGCACGCCGACGUGCACCAAUGCGUCGGCAUGUGUCUGUCGGCGCUCAUCACCACCGUCGGCCCCGAGCUGCAGGGCAACAGCAACUCGAUCAUCGCGGCGCGCUCAUCGCUGCUGUGCGCCUCGGCCGUGAUGCUGGACCACAGCGACGCCAUGGUGCGGGCCGAGGCCAUGGCCUGCCUGCAGCAGCUGCACAUGUUCGCGCCGCGGCACGUCAACCUCUCCACGCUGGUGCCCACGCUCUGCAUGUCGCUGUGCGGCGGUCAGCUGAGCCUGCGCCGGGCGGCCGUCAGCUGUCUGCGUCAGCUGGCGCAGCGCGAGGCGCACCAGGUGUGCCAGCACGCGGCCUCGCUGGCGGCCGGCGCGGCCGCCGGCGCACUACAGGAGACGCCAGCGGUGCCGAUGACAGACACGGGCCUGCCGGGCGUGCUGUUCAGCCUGCUGGACACGGAGACGGACGAGCGGCUCAUCAGCGACAUCCACGACACGCUCAACUCGAUGAUGCUGGCGCUGGUCGACGACAACCUGGCGCUCUGGCUGCGGCUCUGCAAGGACGUCCUCACCACGUCUGUCGACACGUCAACGGACAGCGACGUGGCGGCCGGCGAGGAGGAGGGCGACGACGACAUGGAGCAGUUCCGGACGGGCGAGGAGCCCGACUCGCACCCGGCCAUCCCGCCCCGCUGGCCCACACGGGUGUUCGCGGCCGAGAUGGUGCGCAAGAUGCUGCUUACCUGCGAGGGGAACCGCACCCACUUUGAUCUGGCCCUGGCCAAAGAAGCGCGCGCCGCCAAUCCUCAGAGCGACUGGUUCAUCCUGCACCUGUCCGACCUGGUGCGCGUGGCGUUCAUGGCGGCCACGAGCGACUCUGACCCGCUGCGACUGGCCGGGCUGGACACCCUGCACCAGCUGAUCGACCUGUUCUCGGCCGCGCCCGACCCGGAAUUCCCCGGACAUCUGCUGCUCGAGAUGUACCAGGCGCAGGUGUCGGCGGCGCUGCGGCCCGCCUUCGCCGCCGACACGCCCUGUCACGUGACCGCCCGGGCCUGUCACGUGUGCUCCGCCUGGAUCGGCUCAGGGGUGGCCCGUGACCUGGCCGACCUGCGGCGCGUGCACCAGCUGCUCGUCUCCUCGCUGGCCAAGCUCAAGUGGCGCGGCACGCACGUCUACAACGAGAGCGCCAUGACGCUCGAGAAGCUGGCCAUCUUGAAGGCCUGGGCGGAGGUGUACAUCGUGGCGAUGAGCGAGAGCGGCUCACGGCCGCCGAGCCCGGCGCCCGACGACGAGCCGUCCGAGCCUGCCGACGGCUGCUCCGAGCACCUGCUCACGCUGGUGCAGCCCGAGCUGGCCAACCUGGCCAAACACUGGCUGGCGGCGCUCAAGGACCAGGCGCUGCUGUCGCUGCCGCCCGAGUUCGGCUCUCAGCUGCCUCACGACGGCGGCGCGUUCUACACCAACGACACGGUGGAGGCGGCGCGGCCCUACUACCGCACCUCGUGGCCGGCCGUGCUGCACGCCGCCGCCAUCUGGCUGCAUGCCGGUGGCUUCGAGAACGUCCACACAGAGAAGGUGGGCAUCGACGUGCAGGGCAGCACCAACCUGGGCAUCGGGCCGACCAACGCCGCCUCGGGCCGAAGCCCGGACGACAUCAACACCGACCGGUUCCACCUGCUGUUCGGCAUCUGCAUGGAGGCGCUGUGUAACCCGCGCAGCUCGGAGCCCGUGCCGGUGGUGGUGACCUGCCUGCGCGCCCUCUGCCGCCUGGUCAGCUCGCCCUGGCCGCGCCGGCUGCUCAGCGCCAGCCCGGCGCUGACCGUCGAGCUGCUGAACGUGCAGCACCGGCUGCUGCUGACCCGCGAGAGCGCGCUCGUCCACCUGCUGGUGAUGCGGGUGGUGCGGCGCGUGGUCACCGCCGCCCAGGAGAGCCUGGACGCCGCCAAGCGACGCCGCCUCAAGGAUCUGAUGCCGGCCAAUCAGGAGCCGCAGGAGCACAAGGAGCUGGAUUUGCUGGGCGAGGGCGGCGCGGCCGGCGACAUCGUGGCCGGCCACUCAGUGGUGUUCGCCCUGCUGGAGGUCUGCCUCUGCCUGCUCACCAAGCUGGUGCCCUCGCUGAACCCAGCCACUCAGGCCAGCUCGUCGUCGCGCGCCGGCCGUGCGCCGGUGCUCCGGUACGGCCGGGACGAGCGGGUGGCCAAGGAGUGGUGCCAGCUGCUGGAGAGCGCCCUGGCCAAGGUCAUCGACAUGACGCGCACCUGCUCAGAGGCGAUGCGGCUGGACGAGGUGACGAUGCUGCUGGCGAUGGGCGUGUUCGUGCUGCACGCGCCGCCGUCAGUGGUACGCAUCCCGGCGCUGCAGUACCCGUGCGUCAACGAGUACACCACCUGCCUGCAGGCCGACAGCAUACAGGUGCGGUUCCACUGCGUGCGCACGGUGCGCUCCAUCUUCGCGCACGCCGACCGGGCCGUCUCGACGCCCUACAUCCAGGCGCUGGCACCGCGGCUGCUGCAGCAGCUGCACGUGUCGGCCGGCGCCGCGCCGCCCUCGGAGCUGGAGCUACAGCUGCAGCUGGAGCAGCUCGGCUGUCUGGAGACGCUCGUCACCGUCUGCGACCCGGCGAACCGACCCGAAAUUGAGGGAGUGCAGGUGCUGGGCCUGUACGUGCCCGUGCUGAUCCGCUUCUUGCUGGACUCUGAAUCACUGCCGGCGGCCCCGUCGCUGUCCCAGACCCGGCACGAGCACUGCCUGAACAAGCUCAACACCAUCGGGCCGCAGUACCCGCAGGAGUUCAAGACGCUGCUGUCGGGCUCGGCGCCACUGCGCCAGCGGCUGGAGCAGGCGGUGGCGGCCAGCCAGCGUCUCAAAGCAUCGCAGGCGCGGCAGGCGCAGGCCAAGCCGGCCGCGCCGCAGGCUCCCGCCGCCACCAUCAAGCUCAGCAUGGACUUCAGCAACUUCACCUGAGGCCGGCGCCUGCUGGGAGUGACGUGUUCGGGCGACCGGGCCGGGGUAUCGGUCCUCGGCGGACGGAGCUGUGCUGUGUGGGAAUCGCGAGCCGCGGUGGCUGCUCCGACGCAGGGCCAUAGCAGCGCUGUUCCCCGCGGGCUGAACCUGUGCCAGACGGCUGCCGCCCAUCCCCGCUGCUAAGCUGUGUGACGUUGUCCGUGAGGGAACCUCCACGUCUCCCUCGUCGUGUUGUUACGUAUUAGCCGUCGAGCCGCGGCCGCCGGCGCUCCUCGGGGAGCUGCGGCCUGAUCUGUGGAGCGUCCUCCCGUCGGCAGAGACCGCCGCCGGCUGAACCGUGCCAAAGGCCGGGCACUGGCCGCCCCGCCCGCUGCGCCGGUCGGCUGUCUCUCCC